CCUGGCAGCAGCAGGAUGGAGAGGUUACAGCGAUGGUUAUGGCCUGGACCAGGACCUGGACCUGGACCAAUGUCCAUGAAGACAGAUUUUUCAACAAAAGAAUCUGCUGAGCUCAGGGAUGAACAGCGAGACAUACCAAACAGUCCUGUUCCCUGCUGUUUGUCCAUGAAGAGUGAUCGUUCUAUGGCAGACCCUCUUUAUUUCAAAGAUGGAACCUGCUCUGUUGAUAAAAGUUUUUUCAGAGUUGAUCAGGAGACAUCAGAGGUUCCUGCUGGUCACUCUGCUCAUCAAACAGACCUGGACUCCAUAUUUAUGCUGCUUGAGGAGAACAUUGUCAGUUUUGUGAAGAACGAGCUGAAGAUGUUUCUGAGGGUCCUGACAUUAGAUGGCACAGAGUGCUUGGGCAGGCAGAGUGAGGAUGAGGAGGUGUUGGGCGGUGAGGAUGAAGAGCAGAAGAGGAGCAGCAGAGAGGCGUUUCUGAAGAUCACACUGAACUUCCUGAAGAUAAUGAAGCAGGAGGAGCUGGCUGACUGUCUGCAGAGCAAAACUCCUGCAUUUUGCCAGUGCAAACUCAAAUCUAAUCUUCUGAGGAAGUUCCAGUUCAUGUUUGAGGGGAUCGCUAAAACAGGAAACCCAACCCUUCUGAAUCAGAUCUACACAGAGCUCUACAUCACAGAGGGAGGGACUGCAAAGGUCAAUGAUGAACAUGAGGUCAGACAGAUUGAAACAGCAUCCAGGAAACUAGACAGACCAAAAACAACCAUCAGACAAGAAGACAUCUUUAAAGCCUCACCUGGAGACAAACCAAUCAGAACAGUGAUGACAAAGGGAGUGGCUGGCAUUGGGAAAACAGUCUUAACACAGAAGUUCACACUGGACUGGGCCGAAGACAAAGCCAACCAGGACAUACAGUUCACAUUUCCAUUCACUUUCAGAGAGCUGAAUGUGCUGAAAGAGAAAAAGUACAGCUUGGUGGAACUUGUUCAUCUCUUCUUUACUGAAACCAAAGAAGCAGGAAUCUGCAGAUUUCAAGAGUUCCAGGUUGUGUUCAUCUUUGACGGUCUGGAUGAGUGUCGACUUCCUCUGGACUUCCACAACAAUGAGAUCCUGACUGAUGUUACAGAGUCCACCUCAGUGGAUGUGCUGCUGACAAACCUCAUCAGGGGGAAACUGCUUCCCUCUGCUCGCCUCUGGAUAACCACACGACCUGCAGCAGCCAAUCAGAUCCCUCCUGACUGUGUUGACAUGGUGACAGAGGUCAGAGGGUUCACUGACCCACAGAAGGAGGAGUACUUCAGGAAGAGAUUCAGAGAUGAGGAGCAGGCCAGCAGAAUCAUCUCCCACAUCAAGACAUCACGAAGCCUCCACAUCAUGUGCCACAUCCCAGUCUUCUGCUGGAUCACUGCUACAGUUCUGGAGGAUGUGAUGAAGACCAGAGAGGAAGGAGAGCUGCCCAAGACCCUGACUGAGAUGUACAUCCACUUCCUGGUGGUUCAGACCAAAGUGAAGAACAUCAAGUAUGAUGGAGGAGCUGAGACAGAUCAUCACUGGAGUCCAGAGAGCAGGAAGAUGAUUGAGUCUCUGGGAAAACUGGCUUUUGAUCAGCUGCAGAAAGGCAACCUGAUCUUCUAUGAAUCAGACCUGACAGAGUGUGGCAUCGAUAUCAGAGCAGCCUCAGUGUACUCAGGAGUGUUCACACAGAUCUUUAAAGAGGAGAGAGGACUGUACCAGGACAAGGUGUUCUGCUUUGUCCAUCUGAGUGUUCAUGAGUUUCUGGCUGCUCUUCAUGUCCAUCUGACCUUCAUCAGCUCUGGUGUUGAUCUCCUGAUGGAGGAGCAGUCAACCUGCCAGAGUUCCACACCAACAGCAGACAAAUCUGCAGUGAAACGCUUCUACCAGAGUGCUGUGGACAAGGCCUUAGAGAGUCCAAACGGACACCUUGACUUGUUCCUCCGCUUCUUUGUAGGUCUUUCCCUGCAGACCAAUCAGGAUCUUCUACGAGGCCUGCUCACUCAGACAGGAUGUUGCUCACCCACCAAUCAGGAAACAGUCCAAUACAUCAAGAAGAAAAUCAGAGAGAAUCCCUGUGCGGAAAAAAACAUCAAUCUGUUUCACUGUCUGAACGAGCUGAAGGACCAUUCUCUAGAAGACGAGAUCCAACUGUUUCUGAUUUCAGGACGUCUCUCCACAGAUAAACUGUCUCCUGCUCAGUGGUCAGCUCUGGUCUUCAUCUUACUGUCAUCAGAAAAGGAUCUGGACGUGUUUGACCUGAAAAAAUAUUCACCUUCAGAGGAGGCUCUUCUGAGGCUGCUGCCAGUGGUCAAAGCCUCCAACAAAGCUCUGUUAAGUGUCUGUAAGCUAUCAGAAAAAAGCUGUGAAGCUUUGUCCUCAGCUGUUAGCUGUCAGUCCUCUCGUCUUAGAGAGCUGGACCUGGGUGACAACGACCUGCAGGAUUCAGGAGUGAAGACACUGUCCGCUGGACUGAAGAGUCCACACUGUAGGCUGGAAACACUAAGGUUAUAUCAAUCAAGCCUCACAGAAGACUGCUGUCAGGUGCUCGCUGCAGUUCUCAGUUCAGAGUCCUCCACUCUGACAGAGCUGGACCUGAGUAACAACAACUUGCAGGAUUCAGGAUUGAUGCAACUCUGUGCUGGGCUGGAAAGUCUGCACUGCAAACUGAAAACUCUGAGGCUCAGUAUCUGCAAUCUGUCAGAGAGAAGCUGUGAAGCUCUGGCCUCAGUUCUUGGCUCCCAGUCCUCUAGUCUCAGAGAGCUGGACCUGAAUGGAAACUAUCUGCAGGAUUCAGGAGUGAAGUUGCUCCUUGUUGGACUGGAGAGUCCAUACUGUCGGCUGGAGACUCUCAGGUUGAAUCAAACCAGUCUUACGGACGAAAGCUGUCCUGAGUUUUCAGCCGCUCUCAGCUCCAACUCCUCUACUCUAACAGAGUUAGACCUGAGUAACAACGACCUGCAGGAUUCAGGAGUGGCGCUACUGUCAUCUGGACUGGAGAGUCCAAACUGUACCCUGGAGACCCUCAGUCUGUCAGGCUGUCUGAUCACAGAGGAAGGCUGUGUUUCUCUGGCCUCAGCUCUGAGCUCCAACCCCUCCCAUCUGAGAGAGCUGGACCUGAGCUACAACCAUCCAGGAGACUCAGGAGUGAAGCUGCUGUCUGCCGGAUUGGAGGAUCCACGCUGGAGACUGGACACUCUCAGGCUUGAUCAUGGUGGAGUCCAGAGGCUGAAACCAGGUCUGAGGAAGUAUGCCUGUGAUUUGACACUGGACCCGAACACAGCACACAGAAAGCUUCAACUGUCCAAAGACCUCAGAAAAGUGACAGUUGUAGCCCACGAGCACAAGUGUGCAGAUCGUCCAGAGAGAUUCAACUGCUGGUUUCAGCUGCUGUGUAAAAACGGUCUGACUGGUCGUUGUUACUGGGAGGUGGAGAGGAGAGGAGCGGUGUAUGUGGGAGUGACGUACAGUGGAAUCAGAAGGAGAGGGCAGGGUGUUGACUGCAAGCUCGGAGGAAGCAGUAAGUCUUGGAGUGUGUACUGCUCUGAUGAGAACUACUUUGUCUGGCACGAUGACAGACGAACAGCAGUACGCACCGACCCGUCCUCCGUCUCUCACAGAGUAGGAGUGUAUGUGGACUGUCCUGCCGGCACUCUGUCCUUCUACAGAGUGUCCUCUGACACACUGAUCCACCUCCACACCUUCUACUGCACAGUCACUGAACCCCUCUACCCUGGGUUUAGAUUCGGGUUUGGAUUCUUCGGUUCCUCUGUCUCUCUGUUGCAGCUGGAAGACAAAACCAACACUCACAGAGGGCCAAAGUAAACCAGACCACAGGUGUAAAUAUAGACUGUGCAGGUUGGGCAGUUGCACUAGGGCCCAUAAGGUGAGGCGGCCCAUAGAGAGAAUGGCCCCUCUUACAAUAUAUAGGGCAGAAAACGAGGCCUUGUAGGUAAUUCAGAUUGCCACCUGCUAUUUAUGCCUCACAUAUAUAGCUUUUGUUUUAG